AUGGGGACGGCCGCGUACGUGGCCCGGCCCCAGCGCCGUCGUCUUGGCCUGAAACCCCUGGGCGCUGUGCUCUUCCGGGAGGUCCCCGCCCGCUGCCUGCAGCCAGGGCUCUCCUGGGAGCUCUCGCGGGCUGCAGACGGGCCGCUCUGCUUCCUGCCAGCGGAGCCGGAGAAGGGGGGAAGAAAUCCAGACCCACCAGAGGACAAAUCUCUCAAUUACGAGGUGAAAGGCAAAGGAAGUUCAUGCGACGUCAGGUUCACCUGCAUCGUCACAGGAUACCCAGAGCCGGAGGUGACCUGGUACAAGGAUGAUGUCCAGCUAGACCGCUACUGUGGCUUGCCGAAAUACGAGAUCAUGCAUCAGGGCAACCGUCACACGCUGCAGCUCUACAGGUGUCAAGAAGAAGAUGCGGCCAUCUACCAGGCGUCUGCCCGGAACACCAAGGGCAUCGUGUCCUGCUCGGGGGUCCUGGAGGUUGGCACCAUGACCGAGUACAAGAUCCACCAGCGCUGGUUCGCCAAGCUGAAGCGCAAGGCUGCGGCAAAGUUGCGGGAGAUCGAGCAGAGCUGGAAGCCCAGGAAGGAGGUGGCGGGAGAUGCCGACACCCUGCGGAAGCUCAGCCCCGACCGCUUCCAGCGGAAGCGGCGGCUGAGCGGGGCUGAGGUGCCUGUGCCCCCGGGCCCGACCGAGGAGGCUGAGGACGGGACCCCGGCGGCGUGGCAGGUGGAAGAGACCGAGCCUGGUGGGCACCCCGGUUUGGGGCUGAUCAACAGCUUUGUGCCCGGAGAGGUGACCACCAACGGGGAGGCUGUCCCGGAGAACGGGGAGGAUGGGGAGCACGGCCUGUUGACGUACAUCUAUGAGGCCAUGGAGCUGGCGCCUCAGAGAGCCCCCCAGAAGGAGUCUGGGGCCAAGAAGAAAAAGAAAGACGAGGAACCUAAGCAAGGUCUGCGGAAGCCAGAGUUAGAGAGGGCAGCUCGAAGCCACCGUUCUUCUGAAAACCGUGCCCCGAGUUCAGACAAAAGCCAGGGCGUCAUCGAGCCCAUGGACACAGAGACCCGGGCGGAUCAGAGGAUGACCUCGGCUGACCAGCAAGCCGGAGGCAGGAAGACUACAGAGGCGGACGGGAAGAGGCAGGUGGCUAGGAGGACCCAGGGAGACAGAACACAAACGACCCAGAGGACACAGGCAGAUAGGGAGCCACAGGUGGACACUGAGCCACGAGACAGUGAGAGGACGGCGUCAGCCAGGGGUUCCCAGGAGGAUGUGGUGGCACAGGGAAGGGAAGGAACGCAGGCGGAAAGGACGCAGGCAGACGAGAGGACGCAGGAGAAGAGAAGGAUCCAGGAAGACAAGGGGACACGGUCAGAGGGGAGCAUGUCCGCAGCCAUAAAAGGUCAGUCAGAGAAGGGAUCCGUGACCAGCCUCAGCCCACAGUCCAGAGCCCCUGAACGCCCACCUUCAGAGGGUCCGCAGUCUCCCCAGAUUAUUGAGUGUUUUGAACAGACCCCAGAAGGGUCCUCUGUCCCAGAAGAACCUGGUCUUGUGCUCAGAUCUGAGGAGAUGGCUGUGCCGGGUGCCCCAGCAGGUGGCCCCAAGCUCCCAGCACAGCAGCCUCCCCAGGGGGGUUUGGAGCCGCGGGGAGGGGUGAGAUGCCAAGGGCCUGAGUGGUCGGGCCCGGUCAAGGGCAAGCCAGAGGAUGGUCUCAUCCCGUGCCCCAAGGAGGAGCAGCCGGGGGCAGUGGAUGUGGGUGGCUGUCCUCCGGCUGGCAGGAGCCCAGAGGCGCCCACUCUGCCCUCUCUCCCGGGGCCGGGCCUGACCCAGAGCUCUCAGGAGGCACGGCCUGGCCCUCCGACCUCUCAGCACAUAAGUGCCACUGCCUUCCCGCCCUCUGGGGACCAGGCCUUGCUGAGGUCAGCCCCGCCACUGCACCUGGGGCCAGGGACCCCCGCCCAGAGUCACCCACAAGCAACCGCGGCAGCCGACAGCGAGGGGGCCUGCGCCCAGGGGCCAGAUGUGGAGGGGAGGCCCCCAGGCCCCCGCGGCUGCGACCCUGGCCUCAUAGACUCCCUGAAAAACUAUUUGCUCCUGCUGCUGAAGCUAUCCAGCACAGAGACGGGGGACGGGGGCGCAGAGUCCCAGGAGGGGGCUGCCAGCGGGGCUCUGGUGCCCUCACCCACGCUGGUCCCCAACGUGGAAGUGGCUGGUCUGAGCCCCAGGACGUCCAGGCGCAUCCUGGAGCGCGUGGAGAACAACCAUCUCGUGCAGAGCGCGCAGACCCUGCUGCUGAGCCCCUGCACCUCCCGCCGCCUCACCAGCCUCCUGGACCGUGAGGUGCAGGCCGGCCGCCAGGCCCUGGCCGCAGCCCGGGGCCCUGCGCCCAGCACCCUCACCGUCCCUGCCAUCGUGGUGGGCGAGGAGGAGGGCCCUGGGCUGGCCUCAGAAGGAUCCAGUGAGGGCGAGGGAGAGGUUUCCCUCGAGGGGCCUGGGCUCCUGGGGACGUCCCAGGAGAGCAGCAUGGGGGGGCCGCUGGGGGAGGCAGGUGGGCACGCGGCCUCUGGUCAGGGACCACUCUCAGCAGACAGAGGGGCCCAGGAAGCCUUCCGAGAGGAGGAGGCCCCAGGGGAGGCUCUGACAGGUCUCCCUGCAGCCACACCCGAGGAACUAGCUCUGGGGGCCCGGAGGAAGAGAUUUCUCCCCAAGGUCAGAGCGGUAGGAGAUGGGGAGGCGGCCAAACCUGAAGAAAGGGAGAGCCCCACAGUCUCCCCCCGGGGGCUCAGGAAGGGCCUCGCGCCCGGGUCCCCGGGGACUCCCGGGCGGGAGAAACGCUCCCCUACCCAGGGCAGGAAGGCAGGCAUGCUGGAGGUGCCGCGGCCUGAGGAGGCCAGCGGCCUGGACGCAGAGCUGGUCCCGGAGGAAGGCAAGCAGGACACCCCGGCCAAAGCCAGGAAAGCCAAAGAGCUGCUAAAAGUUGGAGAGGAGAUUGAGAUGACCCCCAUGGUGUUUGCGAAGGGUCUGGCUGACUCGGGCUGCUGGGGGGACAAACUCUUUGGGCGCCUGGUGAGUGAGGAGCUACGAGGGGGUGGACACGGGUAUGGCCUUCGGAAGGCCUCCCAGGCCAAGGUCAUCUAUGGGCUGGAGCCCAUCUUCGAGUCAGGCCGCACGUGCAUCAUCAAGGUGUCCAGCCUGCUUGUGUUUGGGCCCAGCAGCGAGACUUCUCUCCUGGGCAGAAACUACGACGUCACCAUCCAGGGAUGCAAGAUCCAGAACAUGAGUCGGGAGUACUGCAAGAUCUUUGCGGCCGAAGCCCAGGCAGCACCCGGCUUUGGGGAGGUGCCCGAGAUCCUCCCACUGUAUCUCAUCUACCGGCCCGCAAACAAUAUCCCGUAUGCCACCCUGGAGGAGGAUCUGGGCAAGCCCCUGCAGCCCUACUGCUCGCGGGAAUGGGGCUGCGCCGCGGCUCCGGCCGCGGCUCCGGAGGCACCUAGCAGCUCUGAGGUCAGGCAGAAAUGCCAGACCUUCCAGCACUGGCUCUACCUGUGGACGAACGGCAGCUUCCUCGUCACGGAUCUAGCAGGGGUUGAUUGGAAGAUGACUGAUGUGCAGAUUGCUACCAAACUACGAGGAUACCAAGGCCUCAAGGAGAGCUGCUUCCCGGCCCUGCUGGACCAGUUUGCCUCUUCCCACCAGUGCAACACCUUCUGUGAGAUGCUGGGGCUAAAACCCCUCAAGGGCCCCGAGGCCGCCCACCCUCAAGCCAAGGCCAAAGGCUCCAAGAGUCCAUCUACUGGCAGGAAGGGCACCCAGCUGAGUCCUCAGCCCCAGAGGAAAGGCCCCCCCAGUCCCCAGGGCACCCGGAAGAAUACUCCAAGCUCCAAGGCCACCCCUCAGGCCUCAGAGGCACUCACCGCCCAGUUACUGGGACAGCCUCCCAUCCAAGAGGGCGGCCUCAAGGCCCAGGGCAUGCGGUAG